CAGCCCCUUCAGAUCGAGAUUCCAGUUGAUUUUGUGGAGUAUUUUCGCUGAUUCUUGAUCCUACAGGUUCGUCUUCCUCGGGAGAUUCUUUAUCCGAGCUCAACCUGUUUGUUUGGUUAUCAUCUGUGCGUGAAUUGAAGGUCAACUGCUGCGAGAUUACUGUUCAUCUCGCGAACUGGCAGCACUGAUUUCGCAGGGAUUAAAGCCAAAUUGGAGCCUGGUUUUUGUGGAGUUCUGAUCGACUUGAAGCCCUUGAAGUGUUCUUAAUUGGAAUUUCAGUUCCAAACAUAGAAUCACAGGUUGGGGUGAUUAAUUGAAACUCGGACCACUGUUCAUCAGCAACUCUGGUUUCAAUUUUUUCAGGUUCUGCGUCAGUCUCUGCUCUUUGUGUGGCCUGUUGUUUAGGUGUUUCACUACACUUGUGCUUCUUGAUUUCUUCGUGUGGUGCACCCUGUACUUUGGUUUUGGCUUUUCCCUUGCUGCGUGUGUGAAUUGAGGCUACUGCACUGCUGGUUUUCCUUUCCACUGCUGUUGGUUCUUUCUUUGUCAUGGGGAAGAAAACCAGUAAAAAAGGUACAAAAAAACACAAACAUAUUACCAAGUUUGUGUUUGAUGGAACACCAGUGAGUGAAGCAAGGCUUCGGUCCACUUCAGAGGCAAGCAUAAGUGGUGCUACUGCUGCCAAAACUGGAGCAGUUUCUACUGCUUUGGAAGAGGGAAAUGACCAGCUGGGCAUUAACAAACAUACCCCCAUUACUUCUACUCCUUCAAAAACUGUUUUGAGGGAAAGGAAAUUGAGAAAUGGCAAAACCAUGGUUCUUCAAGAAGCUGCGGAUGACCCUGGUCCUAACCAUGAUGCAGAACCCACUGGACAAAAAACUUGUUUUGAGGACAACAUAGGAAAGGCUGUGGACAGUGGCAUGGAGAGGUCUGAUGAUGACUUGGACAAACCUAGAGACUCACCCUCUUUCUACCCUAUUCUACCUGAACCUCCAUCAAAGGAAUUGCCUAGUUCCAGUGGGCAAAACCGAGACCCUUCUGAAGGCUUCCCUUUGAAGAAAGUUGAGGUGGGGGAUGUGGUCAGAAUACCGGCAGAAGGGGUUUCAAAUCUUGAGGAGGAGUGGGGGUUCUGCCUUGUGGGCUGUUUCACAGGCCGGUUUCCGGGCAUCAAAGCCAAUUUCUACCCCACCAUAAGGGUUGGGUGAUCUUCAAAUUCCUCUCUAAUGAGGACAGGGACUCAGUGCUACAUAUGGAUGAUCAUAGAAUAAACAACAAAAAGCUGCUCCUCAACAUACCACAGGAUGGCUUUAUGUGGAAUGCUAAGUCCUUUUCAACCAUGCCAGUUUGGGUCAAACUUAUGGAUGUGCCAAUGCAAUUCUGGGGGCACAAUUCUUUGUCCAAAAUAGCUUCAAAACUGGGAAAACCACUCUUUACUGAUGGUCUCACCAACAAAGUGGCAUCCAAAUUCACCUUGGAGGAGGACCCUGAUGACAAAUUGGCUUAUAAGAAGCCAAACUUUUGUAGGGUGCUCAUUCAUAUGGAUUUAUCCAAACCCCCUCCCUCCUCUGUGAAGGUCAACUUUGUGGGAGGCAGCUAUAUGCAGCAUGUGGAAUAUGAAGACCUGCCUCUUUACUGUUACCACUGUGAGAAGUUUGGACACACACCUUUUGACUGCUUUGAUCUCCAUGAAAUGCAGAGAAAGGAAAUUGGUGAAGAACAAAGAGCUUUGGACAAA